AAGAUCUUGAUGAAGCAUCGUUUUCAAAAGCCAUCAAAACUUACUUGAACAUGAUGGUUUGAAUUAGAAUUUCUUUUGUGUUGGCUCUUUCACCACUCCCACCCAGUGAGCUAGUCUCUCUCCAUCUCUCUCUUGUUGAAGAAGGCAAAGAGUGCACUGUUCUUGGUCGACAGUGUUCUAGAUCUGCACGUAGUCGUAACAACGAGUGCUGAUGACUUCUGGCUGUCAAUUAAUUAUUUUUAGCAUUUUGUGAGUGAUCAGGAUCUGUUGCACGUUGCCUGCCCUUGUAUUUGUAAAGGCGAUAGGAACAAACCUCUAGCGUUAUCCGAGGAGACAUGUUCAGUAGCUGGUGGUCAGGGGAGAAGUCACCAGAUGGUGAGGGAGGGGAUUCUGCAGCACCUGAUCCAUCUGAUGAUGUAGCAACCGCUGCAAAAGAGUCUGGGAAGGCUGCUCUGGAUGGUCUGUGGAAUGUCGUGUCCAAAGUAGCAACAACUGUGACAGACAAUGUACCGGGUAUUCUUGCUGACUUCAGUGCUGAGGAGGAAAAAUUCAAAAGGCAGAAAAGACAUCGACACACUGAUGCUGCUGUACCGCCGUGGGUUGGUUACAAUGAGGAGGAAAUAAUGCGGACACAAAUACUGGCAUUGUCCACGGAUAAGAGGAAUUUCCUGCGGAAUCCACCAGCGGGUGUUCAGUUCCACUUUGACUUUGCAGUCAGCUUCCCAGUAGCCAACGCCAUACUUGAAGAAGACCCUAUGCUUGAGAAGAUGCGCUUUGAACUCGUGCCUAAACAAGUGACGGAGGAGAUCUUCUGGAGAAACUAUUUCUACCGGGUGUCCCUGAUCAAACAGUCGUCGCAGCUCUCUACGUUAGCGACGCAACAGAAUGCUGAGCUCUCAGAGGCUCUGGCUGAGGAUGCAGCAGCAGCAGCAGGAGCUAGCAGCGGCAGUCACAGUGAUCUAACCAGUGUUAGCCCUGCUGCUGAAGCAUCAUCGUCAGGUUCAGACGUGGGUGCUGCUGCUGAUGUUGCGGAACAUGAGGAACCUGAGGAGAACGCUGCAGCAGAGUUCAUCAGUGAUGACUUUGUAGCUGAUGCGGCUGAUGGAGCUCAAGACGAGGGGGAGAAAGAACUUCAUCAGGAGCUCAAGGAUCUUGGAAUGGAUGAUCUCGAGGAGAUUGGGGACUUGCCCGAGGGUGAUGAAGUUAAUGAUGCAGAAUGGGAGAAGGAAAUCCAAGCAAUGUUGGAUAUGGAAGAGCCGACCACCACAUGAUUCGACGACCCUAUCCUUCUUCCCUGCGCUCAUUCUGUUUCCUGCACGUGUGUGUAAGUCCAUGGCGAGGUGUGUGUGUGUGUGUGUGUGUGUUUGUGUGUGUGUGUGUGUGUGUGUGUGUGUGUGUGUGUGUGUGUGUGUGUGUGUGUGUGUGUGUGUGUGUGUGUGUGUGUGUGUGCUGUGUGUGCUGUGCUGUGCUUGUCUAUUGAUCUGUGCGGGAGCCACAUUUUGAAAAUACACGUACUAAAGAUGAAUGUCAUCAGAUUGCCGUGAGGGAUUUUCCAACGCUUUCGUGUUGUUAAAAUUCUAGCAUACACCGCUGGAUCUCUUGCUCUGCUGCGUCUAAUCUUAUUUCUAAGCAAAUCAUGUCCCAUUCAGUCUUAUUCAUGCCUCCAUGGAGUCUUUGCAUUGGACGUUUUUUGUACUCUAAUUUUCUAAACAAACAUUCUAUCAUUUAUCUUCUCUCAUCACCCCCCCCCCCCCCUUCUCUCUCUUCCCUGUUUUACGUUUCCCUUUCAAACUGCCAUUGUUGGUACUGCUGGUUCAACCAACCUUGGGAGUACUGUUCUAACCAAAAGACAGCCUUGAAGUCUGUGCUGCUUCUUUUGUUUUUGUUUUUGUUUAUUCACUUUUAUUUGCUUUCUGCUUGCAUGUGCAUGUGCAUGUGGUGCUCCUUUCUUUUUUUAAGUCUACUCCAGUUUUUUUAACCUUUCCUCGUAAAACCGAGGUGUUCACAAUCUUGUUUUGGCCAUUGGUAUACAGUAUCUGCAGCCCAGCUGAUUCAUUUUGUAGCGCAGUUGCCUGUCGUUGGUCGUUGCAUUGGAUUGUGUUGAGCUGA